GGGGACUCCGUGAGGAUGUGACCGGCUACCAUGAACUCUCCACUCACUGUCCUCAUCCUAGCCGCUGCUGCAGCAGCCCUGCCCACAGACUCCCGCAAACAUUUGACAAGGCGCCAGGCAUGUUCCCAGUACGCCGUCAAUGAGUGUGUGCAGAGACUGAUGAUGACCCAAGGCGGCAUGAACGGCGGCUACAACCCCAACAAUGGCAUGAACGGCGGCUAUAACCCCAACAACGGCAUGAACGGCGGUUUCAACCCCAACAACGGCAUGAACGGCGGCUACAACCCCAACAACGGCAUGAACGGUGGUUUAAACCCCAACAAUGGAAUAAACGGCGGCUACAACCCCAACAACGGCAUGAACGGCGGUUUAAACCCCAACAAUGGAAUAAACGGCGGCUACAACCCCAACAACGGCAUGAACGGUGGUUUAAACCCCAACAAUGGAAUAAACGGCGGCUACAACCCCAACAACGGCAUGAACGGUGCUUUAAACCCCAACAACGGCAUGAACGGCGGUUUCAACCCAAACAAUGGCAUGAACGGCGGCUACAACCCCAAUAACGGCAUGAACGGCGGCUACAACCCCAACAACGGCAUGAAUGGAGAUUUGACCAACAUGCAAACUGUUUGCGAGAUGACGGUCUGCGGUAAUGUCGGCAAGUUUAUCGCCGCCAAUGUCAUGGCAAUGAGCGGGGCAGAAGGGGAGGAGAAAAAGCCGGUUGCCCCAGCUUAGCCAAACUGAUUGGUUCUCAACAAAAGUGCGACAGACAGCAUACUCAAGAAACAAUGACAUUUUAGAUUUUUAGCAGAUCAGAAACUUAACUCCUGGGCCCAUAUACAUUGAAAGGCUCUGCAUACCAAAAGGUAAAUAGUAUACAUAAUGUAAAAACGUGGCCAGUUAUUAGUAUCUCCAUUCGAUUCCAGUAAACUACGGUUAUAACGAAAUCAAAUUGACCACUAAUUUUAGUUCGUUAUAAGCAUAUAUACAGCGAAUAUACAGCAAAUGGCCGGGUCCAAACAAGUUCGUUAUAUCCGUCAGUUCGUUAUAAGCGUGUUCGUUAUAAACGUAUAUGGAAUGGAAUGGAAAAACUCAUAACUGGCCACGUUUUUACAUUUUUGUAUACUAUUUACCCUUUUGUUUUAAAAAUCAUAUUAAGAAAUUAUAUAUUUCUGAAAUACAUUUUUGUACAAUGAAUUUAAGAGAUCAAUUAUGUCAUGGAAUAAAUGCAUA